UGGAAAGCUGUAAUAAAAGUCAAAGCAAGGCAGAAUAAAAGCUGGUAAUAAUUGAUUUACUGCCAAAAGCAAAUAAACAUAAACAUAAACAAAAGCAAAUCCCACGCGACUUGUAAACGAUUUAAAAGUAGAACCUAAAUGAGUGAAGAUGUUGCUAGCCAGACGACAUCCUCCGCAGUUGCAGUGCCACCAACACAAAGCCCCUCAAAGCCAAGCCCCAGCCCAGUCCCAAUCCCAACGACUAUCGCGGCUACACUGAGAUCCAGGGAGGAGUGUUCCAGAGAAUCUCUGCCACCAGCCAGCAGCAUGCAGCAGGCGGCAGCUCCUCCGAAAGCCACACCCACGCCACCGGCGAGCGGGCAGCAGUUCUUUCAGCAGGUGGUCUCCCCACAGUUUGCAUCGGUGCUGUCGUCCAGCAUACCGGAGACCAAGUGCGCGGUGCGGUCGCCCAUCUCCUCGCCGUUGGCCAUCCGCAAGAAUCGGCCCCUGCUGCCGGCGAGUCCCAAGUCGACGCCGCCGCUGCCACGGAAGCAUCAUCCGUUGGCCUACAAUGCGGCCACGGGGACAAUCAGCUCCUCCGGCACGGCGCUGCCGGCACGCCUAAUGGCCACAAUUGCCUCGAGUCCCGCCUCGAGCAUCUCGCUGUCGUCCUCCUCAUCGCCAUCGUCAUCGCCACCGCCACCAGUGCCGUGUCGGGCGCCCAAGAAGCAGCCGCUUCCUGCUUCGGCGGGGUCUGCAGCUCCAUCUGCGGCUGCCACGGAGAUCAGUCUGGAUAAGCUGCUGAAGCAGCAGCAGGAGCUGCAGGAGAAGUCGGCGGCGGCCACGAACAGCGCCAAGCUGGAUGCCAAUUUCUACGAUGCUGAGAUCGAGAUGAUGAACAAGUAUCUGAAGAGUUUGCCGGACUACAGCGAGCUGGACAGGAAGCUGCACCAGGAGUUCCAGGAGUGCGAGGAUCUCUACGAUCGCCUGAAGCGACAGCAACAGCCGCUGGCCAAGUCCAACUCGCAGCAAUCGGUAAAAACCACUCCGGUGGGUCCAGCACCAGCAGCAGCAGCAGCUGGCUCCUUUGGAUCAUCCUCCUCCUCCUCCAUGGGUCCACUGUCCAAGUCCUCGUCCAUCAACUUUGCCCAGAAUCCCAGGGCACAGCAGCAGCAGCCGCCCCUCCGCCUGGCAUAUCCCUCGAUCUUUUCGCAGAACGGAGGGGAGCCCAAGCUGCAGCGCAGCAUCUCCAGCUCCAAUAUGCCCCAGAAUGUCAAUCCCUUUCGUCCGCUGCCCGGCAAGAACUGCCUGCAGAGCGGCUCGAAUCUGUCGCUGAACAAGCAGCUGAUGAACGACUUCUGGAGCGAAAACCUCAAUGGUGGUGGUGCUGGUGGCGUUGGCGGCGGCGGCUCUCAGAAGCGGCAGACGCCAAAGCGGACUUUUUGGAACUACGAGAAGAUCUGCGGCGCACAGCUGGGGGAUGCGGGACAGCCCUUCAAGGUGGACGCCAAGACGGCCAAGAAGUUGGCCAUCUUUGAUCCCACUGUGGCGGAGGCGGCGCAAAAGGAGCUGCAGCGACCACAGCAGGCGCCACAUGCCCACAAGCUGCAGAAGAACGCCUCGCUGUCGCAUCUGGAUCUGAAGGUGCGCCAGGCCGUCACCAAGGAUGAUCUCUAUAAGCUCAUAUGCAAUGAGCAGCCACGGUCGCCCGCCACGAAUGGGAAUCCGAGUGGGAAUGGGACACCAUUUGUCAGUCGAGUACCCGUCAAGCAGCAGCAGCAGCAACAGCAGCAGAUGCCACUGCAACAGCAGCCGCAGCAGGCACUGCCCAAGAGUGUGUCCAUGAGCCAUGUCCCAGGCGCAGGUCUGCAGCGCACCACCAGCCGCACCCACAUACCCUGCUACAUGAAGAACUUGCCAUCGCUGAGCAGAAGCACCUCCAAUUCAGCGAUACUCAUGUCGCAGUCUCAACGGAAAGAGGCGCCACCUCCUUUGGCCAAGCAGCAACCUGCUGCUGCUGUUCCUUCAAUUGCUGUGGCCAAGAGCUCCAGCAGCUCCUGUGUGCCCUCCCCACGCUGUGCCGCUGCAUUCUUUCGACGCCCCCAAGAGGCAGCCACACCCUCCUCCAUACAGCAGCAACAGCAACUGCAGCAACAGGUGGAGACGUCAUCGGCAGGCGGCGGCGGUGAUUCGGCAUCGCUGGAGCGAAAGUCGGAGAAGAGCAAUAGUACGAUCAGUACGAGCAGCUUUACGGUCACCAAUUGCUGCACCACACAUCUGCCGCAGCUCUCAAAGUUCACCUCCUCGUUCCACAUUGCCCCAUCGACGACGACAAAUGCCACGGCAACAACAGCAACAACCUCACAGCAGCAGCAGCUACAAAGUGAACAACAGCCACAAAGUACCGCAGCAGCAGGGGCAGGGGCAUCAUCAUCUUCGAUGGCUGCCAACAUCAUCUCAGAGAUGCCAACAACAACAACAGGAGCAGCAGCAGCCGCAACGGCAGCCACAAAGCGCCAGAAAGAUGUCGAGAACAAGCUAGAGAAAUGCCUGAACGACAUGCUAAAGUUGAAGAGCAGCAGCAACAGCAUCAUGUCGCAGUCGCUGACAGCAGCAGCAGGAGGUGGAGGAGAGCAACAGCAGCAGCACAAAGACCCGAAGAUCACGGGGGCAACCGUUGGCGAAGGCCCCACGAACGCCAGCAGCAGCAGCGGCAGCGCCAGUGGCGGGAACAAAUAUGGGGGCGAAUCGCAGAUACCCGUGCCAGUGCAGCUUUACGACCCGCAGAAGCCGUUGAUGCAACAACAGCAGCAGCAGCAGCGGAUCUGCUAUCCCAUUGGAAAGUCCAAUUCUACCUCACAGCUACCAAUGGGUGGCUAUCAGCGAUUGUUGCAACAGCAACAUUUACAGCAGCAGCAGCAGCAACAACAGCAACAACUGGAACAACAACAGCAGCAAUAUCCACAGCAUAAACGUCCCUUCCUGAACUGGAACACUUUUGCCUGCUCGGCCAUGAAUGGAUCCAGUGAUCCCUUUAUGCAGCAACAGCAACAUAUGUACCCGCAACAGCAGCAACAUCUCCCCCACAAGCUGCAGCAAUCGUACUCAUCCUCCCAUGUGGCAGCGGCAUCCAAGCAAACGCCCAAGUCCGGCCUGGCUUUAUUUCUGCAGAAGAAUACCAAUAAGGAGAACAAAUUUGGGCAGCAGCAGCAACAGCAACCAUCGCUCCAGCCACCUCCUGGCAUGAUGCCUCAAAUGUAUGGCGCCUACCAGGCGCCUCAACCGCAACCUGCCUCCAAACUGAGUUAUCCUCACUCUGGGGUCGGCGGCCCCCUGACGCACUCUGUCUCGUUUAGCUCUGCCCAGCGACCCACAGCCAUGCAGCAGCAGCAGCAGCAGUUCCACCAUCAGCAGCAACACCAACAGCAACAGCAGCAAUAUCCGCCACAUUCCAACUUUGGCCUGGGGAUGAUGAGUCGCAAUUACUAUAAUCUCCCCAAGCAGCAGCAACAGCAGCAGGAGCGCAAGCCACUGCAGACCUUUGAUCCGUAUGCCUAUCCCAAGCCGAAUCAGAUGCAGUCGUCGGUCAACAAGUACCAGCAACAACAGCAGCAGCAGCAGCCGCAGCCAACGCAUCCGCAUACGCAGCAGAAGCAAUUUCUCAAUGCUUCCGUUGGGGUUGGGGUAGGAGCAGCGACAGGGGGAGGUGCCGUAGCAGCCGCCGUCGCUGGGCUUCAAUAUGAUCCAAAUACAAAUACGCAAUUGUAUUACGCGUCACCAUCGUCAUCGUCAACGGCGGGCAUGCAACCGCAACAACAGCCACCGCAACAGCAGCAGCAACAACAGCAGCAACAGCAGUUGCAACAAAGCAAUUCUGUCAUAUUCAAUCACUCAAAUCAACAACAGCAACCACACCAUCUACAACAACAACAACAACAGGCACCACAAUUACACCAACAACAGCAACAACAAAAUGAAAUGUCCAAAUCCGCAUUGGGAUUGCACUUUAUCGAGACAGCCAAGCCCGUCAUCCAAGAUGAUGCUGAUGGUCACUUAAUUUACCACACCGGAGACAUUCUCCACCACAGAUAUAAGAUCAUGGCCACACUCGGCGAGGGCACCUUCGGACGUGUGGUCAAGGUCAAAGACAUGGAGCGUGAUUACUGCAUGGCCUUAAAGAUUAUUAAGAAUGUGGAAAAGUAUCGCGAAGCUGCCAAGCUGGAGAUCAACGCCUUGGAGAAGAUUGCACAAAAGGAUCCGCAUUGUGAUCACUUGUGCGUGAAAAUGGUUGACUGGUUUGAUUACCAUGGACAUAUGUGCAUAGUUUUUGAAAUGUUGGGUCUAAGUGUUUUCGAUUUUUUGCGAGAGAACAACUACGAGCCAUACCCGCUGGACCAAGUGCGCCACAUGGCCUAUCAAUUAUGCUACUCUGUGAAAUUUUUACAUGACAAUCGUUUAACGCAUACAGAUCUCAAGCCGGAGAACAUACUGUUUGUCGAUUCGGAUUAUUCGGCUCACUAUAAUCAUAAGAUUAACCGGGAGGUGCGACGUGUCAAGAACACGGACGUUCGUCUGAUUGACUUCGGUUCGGCCACCUUCGAUCAUGAGCACCACAGCACAAUUGUCUCGACGCGACAUUAUCGCGCGCCCGAGGUCAUACUGGAGCUGGGCUGGUCACAGCCGUGCGAUGUCUGGUCCAUUGGUUGCAUCUUGUUUGAACUUUAUCUGGGAAUCACACUCUUCCAAACGCACGACAAUCGCGAGCAUCUGGCCAUGAUGGAGCGCAUCUUGGGACAAAUACCAUAUCGCAUGGCACGCAACCAUACUCUUUAUAGCAAAACCAAAACAAAGUACUUCUACCAUGGUAAGUUGGAUUGGGAUGAGAAGUCCAGUGCGGGACGCUAUGUGCGCGACCACUGCAAGCCGUUGUUCCUGUGCCAACUGAGCGACAGCGAGGACCACUGCGAGCUGUUUGGCUUGAUCAAGAAGAUGCUGGAGUAUGAGCCAUCAUCCCGCAUCACGUUAGGUGAGGCCCUACGCCAUCCCUUCUUUGACAGGCUGCAACCGCACCAGCGGGUUGGUGAAAUGAACAGCAAGCAGCCCCUCUCGUCGGGCAGCAGCAGCCGCGAGCGAUCGCACAGUCUGUCCAGAUGAGAAUUACAGCGAUUUGGUUAUUGUUGACAGGCAACGUUAAUCAAGCGUCCAAUCAUGCAAACAUACACAACAACAACAACAAAAACACAACGCGACAACAGACGUCCAGGGACAGGAACGUCGUCCUGGAACAGCAGAAUCGGAGAGCAAGCGCAGCGACCACAACGGCGAACCCUAUUUUAAGUGCUAAAAGUCUUUAACUUCUUAGUUUUGUUAACUUGACUUGUAUAGAGAUGUUUCUUAUACAAAAAUCCUACACUGUUUUCUCAUAUGCAGACAUACAUAUUAUACCCAUAUUAGCAUGCAUGCGCACGUUGCUGUGCAUCAUUCAGAGCUGUGUAGCGCCACGAUUGCGCCUGUGCAUUGUAUCAUACCCGCCAAUAGUGUUUGUUUUGUAAUGAUAACCAAAUCGUGUAUAAUAUUGAUAGUGCGGUGCGUCGUCUCCCCCCCUCCACACCCCAACACCGACACUGCUUGGAAAUGAACCAAUCAACCAUCCAACCAACCAACCUAAUUGUAAAUGUCAUUGAAAUGUGCACACCUCGAGAUGGAAGCAGCACAACGACUGCAAUGAUUAAACGAAGAUAUACAAUUGUAAAUUUAAAAUAAGAAGUCAGUCGCUAACGCGCUAGUUGAAAUGCAUAUGCAUCCCCAUCAGCAGCACCCACCCUGUCAUUGGGAUCUCGACUAAGUUGUAAUUAAUUAAUACAAAAAUGUACACCAUUUACCAUUUCGAGAGCGUGAUCUGUAAGCUAAUUGCAAGCCAUUAUAUCACUCGUACCCCACUCGUAACCACACUCCAUUCAUGUACCGAUGUACAUAUGUAAGUGUAAAGAGCAAUUGUUAUGUCUCCCCCCCUCCCGUCCCGUAUGCAUAUACAGCGUUUUGCCUUCGCAGCGCAUUUUUGUAAAUUCGGUAGCAGACCAGGGCCCAGAGUCAUUUCUCUUAGAUUACGAGAUGUUUUCAGAUGUGUAGAAUUAUCGCGCCAAUCCCUUUUGUUCGUUUUCGUUCUAUUAUCGAAUAUCGAAAAAUCAACACAUACAUUUAUCCAUUACAUGCUAUAAUAUCGUAUGGACCCUAGAGAGAGUAUAUGUAUAUCCAUAUACUAAACAUACUUAAUUCAAAUGAUUGUGAGUUAGUUUAAUAUUACAUAAAUAUUAAUUAUAAAUUACAUUAUUUGCAAUUUAACCAGAUCACCAGCCUAUAAGAUAUAAAAAACCAAUAUUGUCAAGUUACUACAAAUUGAAAUAAAU